AACGCGCCGGAGCUUCCGGGCUGGCGCUUUUUUGGGCGGGGGGGUGGGCUCGCGCGGCCUGCGGUUGUCAUGGAGCCGGACCCCAAAGGCAGCUACGUGUUGAGCAGCCUCGCCGAGGUGGUGGAGCGGAUCCUCGGCUUCCUGCCCACCAAGGCCCUCCUGCGGGCGGCCUGUGUGUGCCAGCUGUGGCGGGAGUGUUCCCGCAGAAUCCUGCGAACACAGCAGAGCAUCACCUGGAUCUCUGCCCUGGAACCAGGCCCGUCCAACAGCCAUGUCCUGGUCCACGUGUUAGCAGAAGACAUUGAGAAAGUUCAAGUCCUCCCCCAGAUAGCGUUAUAUGUAAUAUCAGAUGCAGUGAUGUUAACUGAAAGAGAACUUUGCGGCUAUGGUUCUAAGAAAGCACGGCGAAGAUACAGUAAAGAAAUUGCAGCCGCUUUGGAAAAACUGCUCCCUGCACGAUGCGAGGUGCUUGGUCUUGUGACACCUGGAGUUGUAGUUACUCCCAAAGGCUCCGGCAGCCAUCGUCCAGUGGAGAUUGAAGAAGGAGAAGGCGGCUUCGCCCUGCUCUUCCCCAAAAUCGAUGGGGUGAAGAUUCAGACCUUCCAUUUUUUUAAAGACCCGAAGAAGCAAACCAUAGACGAAGAACAGUUUGCUGAAGCAGGUCUUAAGAAUAUCCCGGACCUUAGAGCCAUGCUCCUCUUUGGAUACAACAACUGGAAGUCGGGAUCGUCACGAUUUUUCCGCCAAAUUGUCAAUCGCUUGAACGAAAAAAGCAUCAUCUUAGCAGGCGGAUACGUAGAGAGCAUUCCCUCCUUGACUUCUCACACCCAGCCUGCCGAGUCGUGGGGCGUGGUCGGCCUGGCAUUCAGCGGUGCCCAGAUCCAGUGUGCCUCCGUCCUGCUGGAUCAAGAAGUCACGGAUGAAAAGUUAGCCGAAGCGGCCAUGCGACGCCUCAAAGCGGCCAACAUUCCCGAGCACCACAGCCUGGCUUUCAUGUUCGCCUGCGUGGGCAGGGGGAGCCACUUUUAUCACAACAAAGUGAACGUGGAAGCCGACGUUUUUCGAAAGUACUUCCCCAACGUGCCGCUAUUUGGCUUCUUCGGACACGGGGAGAUCGGAUGCGAUCGAAUCGUGACGGGGAAUUUCGUCCUCCGGGAAUGUCACGAGACCAAGGAUGUCCUCCUGCACAGCUACACCACGGUCGUGGCGCUUCUGCACUUCGGUUCGGCUAAAGGGAAGAUUUCAAGGAACAUGAGAAUAUCCUAUUUUCAUUCUGGCCCAGCCGAUACUAGCCAGGUCACCCUGUGAGAAUUGCCUCUUCUACAGGACCGCGGCAUGGACUUCCCGGAGGCUUCGUGCCUGGGAAAUUAGCUGAUGCAGAGGCUGUAAAAGACUUCUCUUAAACCAGCACUUUUGCGGCUGGGUAUCACAUUUUUCAAGUGAAUAAAACAUAACACCGGGUCGAAUCAGCAAGGGCAGCUCUACCCUACAGCUAAUGCACCCUACAGCUAAUGCACCGGGAAAGGGGCAAACGCUGUGAUGUUUGAAAAAGCCACGGCCCUUAAGCCACAAAGCGUAA